GAUACCAUUAUUAAACUUCUGUUGUCAGUAUUAACUUCAAAUUGCAAAAAUUCGUUAAAGAAAUAUUUGAAUUGACCUUCUUACUUAAUGUUAAAAAAACACUGAUUGAUGUACAGAUACUGCUUGGGCUCUGUUUGAAUCUUGUAAACCUAUUGAUAUCUAAUAUUUCCAGCUCAAUGCCUUAAAUAUUUAGAACGAUAUCAACAAUCUAAUGUGCCAAAUUUUAGUAAUUCUAGAAUGGACCAGGAAUCCGAAGGGAUAGUUUUAACUGCGAUAAAUGAGGGUCAACUUUUAACCUUUCUUUGUGUGUGCUUGUGUUAAAAAUUAAUUCAAAAAUUGAUAUCUUAGAAUAAAUGUAUAAAAUUAUUUCUAUUCCGAGUUAACUAGUAAUAAUGAACUUAUUGGAGUUAGUAAACAAAACCAGGAAAAUGAAAGAAGAAAAUCAUUUAAAUGAUGUAAUGGAUAACGAAAAUGAAGAAAUUACAAAACGUUUGAAGGAAUUAAUUGGCCAAUUUCAUCAAUUGGCAGAAAAAUCAACAAAAACUUUAAGGGCGAUUGAUAAUGCCAAAUCAAUGGACAUCGAAGAAUGUCAGACUCGUAAUUUAUAUGAAGAAGCAAUAAACAGCUCAGUAAAGGAGAAAGAAUGUUUGAAAGGUAUUUUAGAUUUACUGUAUGAAAAGCAGAAAGAGAAAUUUGCAAGAGUCUUUCAAAAAAAUGGUGAUCAGAGGUGUUCCAGUAGAGAUGAAUUGCUAUUGGCCGUACAAAAGGCAGGUCUCCUCUUGCCAUUGUGGAUUGGAUGUCAACCCCAAACAGCCCCUCCACUGUGUGGAGCCAUUCAUGCACCAGAUGACUACAUAGCAGAAGCUGGAGAGCUGAUAGCAGCAUCUGUGAAGGCCGAAGAACAUAGGACUUGGAUUUUAAUGGAAGUGGAAAGCUAUGACAAACCUUUUGAUUCAUAUGCACUACUACAUAUCACUGAGAAAGUAACAAAACACAUUGUCUGCAGAAGUCAAACCAUACCUUUACCAAAGUACAAAGCCAAUCCUCAAGAUUCCUCAUCUUUAAAUGCUAUUUUUACUCCGGGCACGAUGAUCCUCUGUCUCUUUCCACAAUCAACCAGCUUUUACCCUGCAGUAGUAAAAGAAUCGCCAAAAACAUUCAAAGACUCAUAUCUUGUUCACUUUGACACCUUUCCGUCUGGAGCUUCACCAAUACAAAACAUUCAACAACGUUAUGUUUUGAGUUAUAGAAGUGCUUCAUAAUAUCUUUCACAAACACAGGAAUAUAAAAAUGACUGUGCAACAAAUAUAAGAAA